AUGGGAUCCCUUUUCGAACAACCGAGAAAUGCUGGAACUCUGUUCCUCGGCGGCCAAAAAAUCAGCGGUUCAGACAUUAGAGAUCAGAAUGUUCUUGCGACUCAGGCUAUUGCAAAUGUCGUCAAGAGCUCCUUCGGUCCAAGCGGCUUGGACAAAAUGAUGGUGGACGACAUAGGAGAUGUCACGGUUACGAACGAUGGAGCAACUAUUCUCAGUCUACUCGAUGUCGAACACCCCGCAGGAAAGAUUUUGGUAGACUUGGCACAGCAACAAGACAAGGAGGUUGGUGAUGGAACGACGUCGGUGGUUAUUAUUGCAGCAGAGCUUCUCCGAAGAGCGAACGAGCUCAUGAAGAACCGAAUACACCCCACUACGAUUAUCACUGGCUACCGUUUAGCUCUCCGCGAAGCUGUCAAGUACAUGCACGAGAAUAUCAGCGUCAAGGUUGACCAUCUUGGCCGAGAAUCCCUGAUCAACAUCGCAAAAACCUCCAUGUCCAGCAAAAUCAUCGGAUCAGACUCGGAUUUCUUUGCAAAUAUGGUCGUGGAUGCUAUGCAGGCGGUGAAAUCGACGAACAACAGACAAGAAGUGAAGUAUCCGGUCAAGGCUGUCAACAUCCUUAAGGCACACGGAAAGGGAGCCCUCGAGUCAAUUCUGGUGAAGGGUUAUGCAUUAAAUUGCACUGUUGCUUCGCAGGCCAUGAAGACGAGGAUUACCGAUGCGAAGAUUGCUGUUCUCGACAUGAACCUGCAGAAGGAGAGAAUGAAGCUUGGUGUAAACAUCACCAUUGACGACCCACAGCAGCUGGAGCAAAUCAGACAACGAGAAGCCGGUAUUGUCAUGGAUCGCGUGGAGAUGAUUCUGAAGGCUGGUGCGAAUGUUGUCCUCACGACUAAGGGUAUUGAUGAUCUCUGCCUGAAGCUCUUCAUUGAGAAUGGAGCUAUGGCUGUGCGAAGAUGCAAAAAGGAGGAUCUUCGAAGAAUAGCCAAGGCGACUGGUGCCACUCUGGUCAGCUCGCUGUCAGAUCUCAAUGGCGACGAGAAGUUUGAAGCUUCCUCAUUGGGACAUGCUGAGGAAGUUGCUCAAGAGAGGAUUUCGGACGAUGAGUGUAUCUUGGUUAAAGGUACAAAAGUACAUACUUCAGCAUCCAUCAUUCUCCGAGGGCCUAACGAUUAUCAACUUGACGAGAUGGAGAGAUCAGUUCACGACUCACUCUGUGCUGUCAAGCGAACGCUGGAGAGUGGUAGCAUUGUUCCAGGCGGCGGUGCUGUUGAGACAGCUCUUCACAUCUACUUGGAAGAAUUCGCUGGCACUGUUGGGUCAAGAGAGCAGCUUGCUAUCGGCGAAUUUGCUCAAGCACUUCUCGUCAUCCCAAAGACCCUUGCCGUCAACGCAGCUAAAGAUUCUUCCGAACUCGUUGCCCAACUUCGUUCCAGACACGCUCUAUCCCAACGAAUCCAGGAAGGAGACGCCAAUGAAGACGAGAAGACCAUUGCGAAGAAGAAGAACUACAAGAACUAUGGUCUCGAUUUGACGAAAGGAAAGGUGGUGGAUGAGAUCAAGGCUGGCGUUUUGGAGCCAAGUAUGAGCAAGAUUAGACAGUUGAAGUCGGCUGUUGAGGCUUGUAUUUCGAUUAUGAGGAUAGAUACAUUGAUUAAGCUGGAUCCGGAGCAGAGAGGCGAACAAGAUGAUGGACAUGGACAUUGA